GCAGCAACACCCAGGAGUGAAAGGAACGAGGUCAGCAUACCAAUGGAAGUAACUGAUGGCCCUGGUUUAACUCACUCAUCUGACCCAACUUCAGAGGAUGUCCGGUUGGAAGCUUCAACCUACAAGGAGACUAUGCUGCUGUUGGAAGAGCUUGGUGUGGUUCAUAUGGGUUCUGCUACUUUGUUGAAAAUGCAAAACAUACUUCUUGAAUAUGAACGGAGAAUAGAACGUCAGAAAAAUCAGUAUAAAGCGCUCUCAAGAGAAGUAAGGAAAUUGGAAGACGAAAGGGAGGAGUCACAGUUCAGAGCGGAGAAGACUCAAGAUUUGAAAUCCGUGUUGGCUCACCAAGAAGCAGAAUGGAAAAGGGAUAUCCAAAGCCUUAAAUGUUCUUUGAAACAAGAAGAAGAAAAGAGGCUCAGAGUAGAAGUGCUGUGUGAGAAAAGGAGAGAAGACCUCCGAAGGAAAGAAGAUCAAUAUUGUAAAGAGAUGGAGGAGAAACAGAAACUUGAGUUACAGUCUAGGAAUUUAGAAAUGGAAUUAAGAACACUGAGAAAGCUCUUGAAACAGGUUGAAGAGGAACGUGAUGAAACACAGAGACAGCUCUCUCAGGAAAAGAGGGCCAGAGCCCUUCAAGAAGGAAUUUUGAACAACCACCUUGGGAGACAAACGGAACUAGAAGAAGAGACAAGAAGAUCUAUAGGAAAAAAAUCAGAGUGUGGGACUGCAUUGCUCAGAACGCGGCAGGGGAAACACGGACAAAAGGAGCCACCUUGAUUUUCCUUCUUUCUCAUCGGGAAACAAAUACGAAGCCUGUUCUGGCUCAAGAAGACUGAGCUGCCUAUUUGGGACUUCAUCAGGUGUCAGUGGGUCAACUGAGGCAUGGCCACUGGAAAGCCCUGCUGGUUCACGGGGUCCUCCAGGAUGGCUGGUGGAUUCCCGAGCCAAGUGGUAGUGCCUCGUAAUCCGAAGCUAGUCAGAGAGACAGAGAAGCCUGCAGCUCUGACUCCCUCUGCCUUCCUGAAGGAGAUGACUCUUAGCACCAAGCAGAGGCUGGCCAGCACUCGGGAGAUGCGGCGGCCCCAGAUUACCCAGCUUCUCGACGUGAGCGAAGCCUCCCGUCAUAAGUUCUCGGCACCUUCCCCGAGACAGCGCUCGUUCCAGCCUUUCCCGUCAGAGGUGGUAUUCCAGAGCUACGUCCCCUAUGAGGUCUAUGAAGUGCCACUGACUCUGAGGAACGAGGACAAGGUUCCUCAGCUGCUGAAGGUCACCUUGGAGAGGUCACCUUAUUUCAAGUUGAUCAGCCACCAUGCCGUGUGCCGCAAAGUACCGCCUGGCAUGCUUGUGACUUUCCACAUCGUUUUCACCCCCAAUGAGAACAAGGAUUAUUUCCACGAGCUCAUCUGCAUCACAGAAAGGGAGAAGUUUGUUGUGCCAAUCCGAGCUAUAGGUGCCCGAGCUAUCCUGGACUUCCCCGACCAGGUGAACUUCUCAGCCUGUCCAGUCAAGUACAGCACCCAGAAAACGCUGCUGGUUCGCAAUGUUGGUAACCGGGAGGCCCGCUACUGCAUCAGCAUGCAGAGCCCUUUCUCUGUCGAUCCCUCUGCUGGGACUCUUGGGAUUGGUGAUGCCGUGCAAGUAACAGUGGACUUCCACCCACAGAAGACUGGUGAUUAUUCCGGGUCCCUGACAGUACACUACGACACAGGUGAAGAUACGCACACAAGCCUUCAUGGAGCCGCUGAAGAUGUCAACAUCAGGCUGGACAGAAACUCCUUGGCAGUUGGGAAGACCUACAUCACGCUGUCAAAUCACAGAUGUGUGGUCAUCCACAACCGGAGUAAAAUCAUAGCCCACUUCCAGUGGAAGGCUUUUCUUACUCAAGAGGAGGAGGAUCAGGAGAAGCUGAGGCGCUGUCGCAGGCUGCAGAAGCAGGAGGAGAAUGAGAGGAAUUCUUUUCUCAAGCAGCGCGCGGUGGACCCCACGCUCCAAGAACGCCUUGCCCUUCUCUCCCGUGCCUUCCAGAACCAGAGGGCGAAGGUGCAGGAAGACUCUAUGCUUUUCUCUGAUGAUAUUUUUGCCAUUGAGCCAGUGGAGGGAGAUGUCUGGCCAAAUUCUUCAAUUGAAAUUAAGGUGAUCUUCAAACCCCGAGAAGCCCGAGUCUAUCAACAAACAGCCUACUGCGACAUCUCAGGCCGUGAGACCAGGCUGCCCCUGCGCAUCAAAGGGAGCGGCAUAGGGCCCCAGCUGCGCUUCAGCUUUGACCAGCUGGACAUCGGGAAGGUUUUUGUUGGAUCAGCCCAGAGCUAUGAGGCGAUCCUGUUUAACAAAGGAGUCAUCGAUGCCCCCUUCAGCUUGGUCCCUCCAGGGACGGCUCUGGGCUCCUGCUUCUCCUUCCACCCCCAGGAGGGCAUCAUUUCACCAGAUGGCCUCCAAGUCCUCCGGAUCUCCUUCAGUUCCACCAUCCUGGGGCCAUUCACAGAAGAAUUCCGGUUCAGUGUGGGUGGGUCCCCUGAGCCUGUGACCUUGACUGUCAGGGGCUGUGUCAUUGGACCAACUCUCCAUUUCAAUGUACCUUCCCUCCACUUCGGUGAUGUCUCCUUUGGCUUUCCUCACACCCUGUCGUGUCGCCUCACUAACACCUCCUUGGUGCCUGUGACUUUCAACCUUCGCAUUCCUGGCGAUGGCUCAGGACAGCGCAGCAUCACCAGUUUUACUCAGAUUUCAGACAACGCUUGCCUGUCCUGGAGGAAGGGAGCCCAACAUCACGUCGAGCCAAUGGAAUUUACCAUAAUGCCUUGCAAAGGCACCAUCCGCUCCCAAGGAGCCCUGGAUAUCCAGGUCACCCUGUGUUCCAACACGGUGAGGCAAUACGAGCUGGCGCUGGUGCUGGACGUGGAUGGUGUUGGCCAGGAGGUGUUGGCGCUGCCUCUCACAGCCAGAUGUGUGGUUCCUCUGCUGCACGUGCUCAGCCCUGUUCUGAGAUUCGGACGGUGCUUUCUGAAAUUCCCUUACGAGCGAACACUGACCCUUGUGAACAACAGCGAUCUUCCAGGCUGCUAUGGAGUCCUUCCUCAGGAGCACAAGGAGGAUGCUGCUGUGUGGUACUCCAGCCCUGUGCCGUGUGGGAUUAUCCAGCCUCACAGCUCGGUGGAGAUCCCGUUUACGCUGGAAGCCCAGGCGAUGGGAAGGCAGGACACUAUUGCUAGUGUCUCAGUGUUUGGGAAUGAAAGAUCCCCGCUGAAUGUGUCUUUAGUGAGCGUUGGAGAAGAACCGGUUGUCUAUGUGCAUCCGAGGGAGAUAAAUUUCGGCAGUAUUCAAGUUCUACAAGAUGCGUCCAAAAGUCUCCACCUCUCCAAUCAGGCUGUCAUCCCUGCAUCCUUCUGUGUAGAGAUGGCUGGCAAACGCUCGCGCUGGAGGAUUGAACCCAGUAAAGGAGUGAUCCCCCCCGAGAGCGAGGUGUCUGUGGCCAUCAUAGCAAACUUGGACGACACCGAGAGAUUUGAGGAUGAGGUGAAGGUGUCCAUAGAGAACAGCCACACCUACGUCAUCCCCGUCCAGGCUGUCGGCACGGGCACAACGAUUGUCACCGACAAACCCAUUGCUCCGGAGCUCAACUUGGGCCUCCGCUUCAGCUUUGAUCGCUGCUGUUACCGUUUCAAGAUGACAAACAGAGGACGACGCACCCACCAGCUGUAUUGGUCAACAGAAGGCUUCCCCACGUUCAGCCAUCGUGACCGUCUCCGUGCCAUCAGUAACACCAAGGGCACAGAUUCCUCCCAGAGCCCCAAACCUGCCUGCCCUGUGUUUAAGCUUCAACCGCUGAGGACAGAGCUGAUGCCGGGCAAGACUGUGGAGAUGGUGCUGGAAGGCUCCUCCAGCACUCCCCAGGUGGUGAAGGAGCGGCUGCUGUGUCACGCCGUGGUGGGGAGCAAGGCGGGGAAGGCACAGAUAAUGCAGAUGGACGUCACGUGUGAGUUCGUUGAUCCCGUUCUGCAAGUGUCUACCAGAGAAAUCGCAUUCCGGGUGGAGAAGCUACCCAGUGACGUCCUCAGCCUACAGCAUAAGCCUCUUUCUUUAAAAAACAUGUCCUCCCUGCCGCUGGGCGUCGUCCUGGCCUUAGACCAACCCUUCCGAGUCUGUGAUGCGGCCCGGCAGCCCCUCCCUGCAGAUGUCCAGCCAACGAAGCUGGAGGUAGGGGAGGAACGUCAUUUCUCCAUCGGAUUUAACCCUGCUCACGAGGAGCGUCUGAAUAGCUGGGUGGCAGAGAAGGCUCUGAAGAUACAGCUGCUCGAGCAUCCUCACGAGGAGCAGGUCACUGUUCGGGGAGAAGUCUUCUUCCCAAAUCUCCAGUUCCAGACCAUGGCCGUGGACUUUGGGUGCAUCUUGAAUGACACUGAGGUGGAGCGUUACAUUGAGAUGACCAACUGCAGCCCGCUUCUCGUCCGGUACCACUGGUCAUUCCUGACGGGCGGCCACGCGAGCCAGCUGAGGUUCAGCCCUCCAGCACCUAAACUGUUCAUCAAACCCCAGCCACCGAAGGAGGAGGGAGCCUGCUCGGAGCACUCAGCAUCUGCAGAGAGCGGUGUCAGUGAUGGAUGCGUAGAGGAGCCAGCUGAAGCCCUGGGAGCAGUGGGGGAUCCUGCCCAAGAGCCAGCAGAUGCAGAGGACUCCCUGGAAGCAAAGCUGCUGCCGUCCGCUGCUGUGGAUCUGGAAAGUCGGAGGCCGGUGAGGACCCAGGAAAGGAUGCGGUUUGUGGAGGUGGAGCCCCUCCCCUCGGGAGCGGAGGAGGUUUUUGAUGUCCUGCCACUGUACGGCGUGCUGCCGCCGGGCAAGAGCCAGCGCGUCACAUUCACCUUCGUUGGCCGCACAAACAUUGCUGCCCGUGUCACGGCGCUGUGCAGUGUGGAGGGAGGCCCGACCUACGAGAUUGCGCUGAGUGGGGAGGCUUCGCUCAUCAACUACUUCCUUGACGUGACGGAGAUCGACUGCGGGCUGCAGCUGUUUAACAAAGUCAGGGAAGCGGAGGUCACCCUGCAGAACAGAGGGAAGAUGGGAUUCACCUACGUGGUGCUCGGCUCCAGCGCAGCCGCUGCGGACAGCCCUCCGCUCGGCGUGCCCCUGGCCGUGCCCAGCACGGGUUACAUUGGACCUGGCAAGGAGCAAGUGCUCAAAGUCUGUUACCUGCCAGGAGUGCCUGGAGUCUUCUGCAGGGCUUUGCAGAUUCAAGUGGGUCACCUGGAACCAGCAAGCAUCACCCUGAGAGGAGAAGGGACCCUUCCCAGGAUCUGCUUGGACCUGCCCAGGAACAUCAGCGGAAAUGCAAAAUAUGAGAAGGUCCUCAAAGAGGCCAAAGAAAAGAUGGCAAAGGACAGCCAGCGAGCUGAAGCAGUUGCUUUGGGGGAGGCGGCGGCCGCGGAGCCACCCAGGGACGAUGCGGACACCGCGUGGGACACGCAGCUGCAGCUGCAGAUGGAGCAGUUGCUGAUAGAGGAACAUGCCCUGGAGCAGCAGAAAGCUCUCAGCUCCGGUCCCCCAGAGGAAGCGGCCUUUGACCAGCGUGCUCGUCGGAGGCUUCUCAAAGUUCAGCUGCCUGAGUACAUCCUGGACUUUGGCUGUGUCAUUCCUGGUACCGUCCGCACACACCUUGUGAAGAUCACCAACCCCGGGCGGUUGCCUGUGUCCUUCCUCGCCGAUAGACGUGUCUUGUGUGGCACAGGUUUCAGCGUGGAUCUGGACCAUGUGAAGUGCCUGCCCUGCUGCAGGACUAAGACAUUCAGAGUGCGCUUUGACCCACAAAGCGCCAACCUGCCACUGGGAGAGGUGGACGUGCUCCUGCCCAUCAAGGUAGCAGGUGGCCCCACGUUCCAUGUCCGCCUCCGUGCCGACGUGACUGUGCCGUCCCUCUGCCUCUCCAGGGACAGGCUGGAGUUCUCCGCUGUCCAGUGUGGGCAGUGCCGGGAAGAAACUGUCCAGCUCCACAAUCAGCUCCAGGUCCCCUGUCAAUGGUUCGUCACCGUGCACGAGCCUGUUAAGGUGGACAAAUGCUUGUCAGCGAGCAUGCGUCGGAAGCUGCUGCAGGAGUUGGAAGCCAAGCCCCGUGUCUUUGAGGCACUGCCCUCGGCCGGAACCCUCGCUCCCGGACAGCGAUGCAACAUGCGAGUCAGGUUUUCACCCGUGGAAGAGAAGUCCUACAGAAGGAGGCUGAAGAUUAACAUUUGCCAGAGCAGCCAGCACCUCCAGCUGCAGGUCUCGGGACAAGGUCUGGAGCCGCAGCUGGAGUUCAGCCCCCCAGUGCUUGAGCUGGGACCGGUGCUGCCAUACAGCCGUGGGGCGGAGGGGACAGUGGUGGUGAAGAACCCGUGCGAGUUUCCCAUCGAGUUUUACUCGCUGGAGUUUGACCAGCAGUACCUUGAGGAGGAGCAGGUCCUGCGCAUGCUGAAGGACUACGACAGCCGCAACACCUUGUUGCUGCCUCUGCGUGGCCCGGGUGAGAAGCUGCCCCCAGAGGUGCUGGAGUACUCUCAGGACCAGAAGAGGCUGCAGGAUGAUCAAGCAAAGCCCAAGACCGGGGACCCAGCGGACCAGGACAAGGCAGAGCACCAGCAGAGCACCAGCAGCAGCAAGGAGGCUGCGGGAGAGCUGGCCGACAGCCCUGUCCAUAGGGCCAUCGCCCGCCACCUGGGCAUCGAUAUCCCUGCAGAAGGGCGCACAGGCGGAAACCGCAGAGGGAUCGUCAUCAUCGUCCAUGGGACACCUCGGACAGGAAAGACAGCGGCAGCGGUCGCCCUGUCCAAAUAUUACGGCGCUGCCUGCUUGUCCAUCGACGCCGUGGUGACAGAAGCCAUCUCUGACGGGAGCAGCGCGGCAGGGCUCCGUGCCCGGGAGCUGUGCGUCAGGGCUGCCGCUGAGCAGAGCCACAAGGAGACAGAGGAUGAGGGUCACAAUGCAGAUGUCUCUCUCAGCGUGCAGUGCCACGCCAAGGCCGGGCACAGCUCAGUGCUGCGCCAGUCCAGCUCUGGGGAGGACGGCAGCCUGCAGUCCCCGAGUUCCCAAAGGCCGGUGAGCACUGCAGCAAGCAAGAGGAAGGCGGAUGGCCGUGCAUCCCAAUCCCGGGAACAGCAUCGAAGGGAUUCGACAAGCUGCCAGGGCUCCUCCAUUUCUCAUCUCCACCCUCCCCUUCCCUGCGUCCCUGCGCAGCGACGGCUGAGCAUUGGUGGCAGCACAGAGGGAGGGCUGGGCUGUCUGAGCUGCGUGCUGCCCGAGGACUUGCUGGUGGCCAUCCUCUCCGAAAGGCUCCAGCUGAGUGACUGCUACCAGGGCGUGGUGUUUGAUGGCCUGGAAACCCUCUUUGCGCACAACAUGGCAUCUGCUCUCCUCUGCCUGCUCAAAGCUGUUGGAAAUCGGCCUCACAUCUACGUCGUGAACCUGUUCCAGGAUUAUGUGUCCUUUAAAGCCAGGGAGACAGCUGCAAAAGAGCAGGAAGGACGGGAGCAGGAAGAAGCUGCCCGCAGGGAGAGAGAACGUCUCUGGGAGAUGGACGAGGAUGAGUAUGAUGCCCUCAGUGCGGAGCAGAAAAUUCAGCUUCAUAACAAGAUACGCCAAGUCCAGCGCGAGAGGAGGCAGAGGGAGAUGGAGCAGCUAGCUCGAGAGCUGGAGGAAAAGCGUCGGCAGGAGCUGGAACGCUUGAAGGAGGAAGAGCUGAAGAAUUCUGAGCAGGGGAAGAGAAAGGCUGGAAAAGACCAAGAGAAUGCUUUGAGGAGGAAAAGCUGGCCUGGUGGCAAGCAGGGCAUGAACAGUCCCACCAGCAACACCAACACAUCCAACAGCCGGAGGUCGGAGGUCGCCAAGGGGGUGGUCAAGACACGAUCUGUAAGGAAGCACCCGGGCUCUGUUGCACGUUGCACAAAGGAAGAUGAGCAAAAGCAGAGCAAGGUCACCCUGAUGGAUGCCCACCUGGCAGCGGCUGCACACCCCACAGACCUGGAAGAGGGGGAAACCAAAAAUGAGGCCCAGAGUGACAGCGAGAACUUAGCCCUGAGGUUUAAUAUCUACGAGACGUCGCAGAAGGAUGUUGCGCAUAUUUUGUCAUCCUGGGACAGGGUUCAGGGUAUCCUGCUGUUCCCCCUGAACCACGAGGACGCACGGCACCCAGCAGAAGAGCAGCCCCAGCACACAUCCAGCCCCAGGAGCCGGAGGGACAGAGAGAAGGAGCAUCAGGGGAGGCUGGAGAAAGAGCAUCUGGCAGAACUGAAGGCUCUUGAGGAUGCCAGAAUACCUCAGCUGGAAGGGGAAGGUGCAAAAGGGUCAGCCAGAGGCCAGGGUGUCGGCGUGCCCUGCUUGGACAUCCAGGUGCUGGGCUCAGAAGAUGUGACUAGGAAGAUCCUGGAGAGCAGCGAGCUGCCAGCGGCAGAGCAGGUCCUGGAUAGCCUUGGACUGGGUCCCUCCGGGCUUCCCAUCCCCCCUACUGCUUUCUACUCCGUGAUCCACUACCCGGCAGAGCGGAUGGCCCCUGCAGCAGAAGCCCUCAAGCACUUUGUCUUUGUUGUGCCAGAAGGCGCCACUGCAGAAGAAGACAAGAAUGCUGCCACCCCAGAGGAGCAGGUCGCCCCUGUGAGGAGCCAGUCGAGUGAGGAGAAAGCUGCGGGCAGCUGGGAGGCUGCGAGGGAGAAGCAGAGCUCCGGUCAGGGCAGGAGAUGUCUCCAGGGGCUGGACAGGGAAGCACCCGUAUCUUCUCCUGGGGCGCACCAAAGCGGCGAGGACAUGGUCCCAUCCCCGCCGAGACAUGUCAGGCUGAGCAGCUGCCGGUGGAUAGUGCCUGCCCGCGGUGAGGUGGAACUGAAGGUCCACUUCAGCUCCACGGUGCUGGGCCAGUUUGAGCAGACGCUGCGUUUCGAGAUCCUGGGGACAAAGCGACUGUACCAGCUGCCCUGCAGGGGCACCUGCCUGUACCCCACCAUCAGCCAAGACCCACGGCUGGUGUUUCCCCACCGAAGGAAGAGCAAGGCAGACGACGACAUUGUCUUCAAGCAGUAUGUCACGGAGACGGGUGUCUUCCACUUUGGACCGCUGCUGUGUGGGAAGUCAAGAAACUGGUACAAGGCACUGGACUGUCCCAGCAACUGUGAGACGAUAACCAUCCUCAACGUCACCCCCUUGGAAGUAGAGGCGCGUUUCUCCUUUGAGCGCGAUCUCAAGGCGGACACGUUCCUUGUAGAACCUCCCAGCCUGAGGCUGAAACCGAACGAGAAGCAGAAGCUGAGCAUUUGGGCGUACCCCACUUCAGCUGGUCUGGUGGAAGACAAGCUCGUCUGCCGCGUUAAGGAGAACCCAGAGCCGGUGGUCUUCCCCCUGUGCUGCCAGGGGGUGAAGGUGGAGCUGAGGGUCAGCCCCAAGCACGUGCAUUUCAACAGGCUGCUUCUGCACAGGGAGGACAGCAAGACCCUGGUCCUGCAAAACAGCACCCUGCUGCCUGUGGCCUGGCAGCUCUGUGGGCUGGAAAACCUGGGCGAGGACUUCUCCGUGUCACAACGCGAGGGCAUCGUGGCUCCGCGCACGGAGUUUGACGUGCAUCUGUAUUUCAAGCCCACAAAGGCUCUCAACACUGAGAAGAAGAUCCGACUGGAGGUUUCAGAUGCAGAAAACAUCCUGGGGAUUGUCCAGACUGAAAAUAUCCUCAUUUCUGCAGAGGGCUAUGAUGUUGCUCCAAUCAUCAGCAUUCCUAAAGGUGCAGGUGGCACCGUGGAUUUUGGAGUCCUGAAAGUCCUGGAUGAUGCAAAGCAAGUGCUGACUCUGAGGAACAAGGGGAAGUACGAGAUUGCGUACAGUUUCCAGCUGAAAGCUGCAGGCACCACCAUACCAGACCUGGCAAGCCACUUCACUAUCCAGCCGCAGAAGGGCCUGCUGGCUGCCUCCGGGCGCCCUGUGCAGGUCCAGGUGUUCUUCCACCCCAAGACGGAAGUGAAUAUCGAGGACAAACCCAUCCUGCACUACCAGGUGAUGGAGCCCAGCAUCUGCGGAGGAGGCGAGACCGUCGCCGUCAUCCCAGUGAGGGUGUCGGCGAAAGCUGUGUUCAGCAAGUACAGCAUUCACCCCGCCUCGCUCAUCAACUUCGGUGCCAUGGUGAAGGGCAGCAGGAAAACCUGCACCUUCAUGCUGGAGAACAAAGGCAGCCUUGACUUUAAAUUCCUCAUCUACCGAGCAGACCAGGACGCAUCCCGAUUGCAAGAGAAGAGUGGAUGUCAAAUGAAAUCUGCCCACUCUGGCAAGAGUGAGAACUUACACCAAAGGACUUCCUCAGCCAAGAAAAGCAAGCGCUCGCUGCAGAAGGUUGCCAGCCCCUUCAUGCAGGCUCGCAUCACUCUAGGCAUGUUCACGGUGUACCCUGGCUUUGGUUCCAUCCCUCCUGGGGGCCAGCAGAUGAUCACGGUGGAUUGCUCUGCGGAAUCACUGGGGACGUGCGAGGAGCACCUGCGCAUCGAUAUCAGUGACAGAGACCCCCAGGACAAUCCCCUCGGCAUCCCCUAUACCCUGCUGGCUGAGUCCUGCCUCCCAGCAUUUGUGGUUGAUGACAUCGAGUCCAUCUUUGAGGAGCACCGAAUCUGCAGCAACGUCAACCUCUGCCAGACCCCGCAGACGGUGCGAGACAAGGGUGUGUAUGUCAGAGAUGAGAACAAGUUUAUCUUCACCGAUGUUCGGGUUGGGCACCGGGCCACAGCUCGCUUCAAGAUCCACAAUGUCAACAAAGUCCCCUGCAAUGUGGUCCUUUCCAUCAAACCCGUCGCCGGUGAGUUUCACAGCCCCAUCAGGGACAUUUUCAAGGUGGAUCCCGUUCGGAUGUGCGUGCCCAGCUGCUCCCACGCCUUUGCUACGGUGACCUUCACUCCACAGAUGAUGCGGAGCUACCAGUGCACUUUUGAGGCUUCCCUCGAUGUCCUGGCGAGCCCUGCAGCAAUUAAAGCGCAAAGCCUGACCUUCCGUGUCAGUGGAGAUGGGACUCUGCCUCGGGUGACAGUCCUGCGCCCGGUACUUCACAGUAAGAGAGGGAACCCUCUGCUGGUCUUUAAGAAGCUGUUGCUGGGUGAUUCACAAAAACUCCCUCUGGUCCUUCGUAAUGGUGGCACCCUACCUGUCCAGUUGACGAUAGACCUGUUGGAUGAAGCGGGAGUUUUCUUCUUGAAAGCCAGGCCCACCACACAGUGCGUCUACCAAGCUGGGGGCGUGAAGGAGGACUCUCCUGCAGGAGAGAGAAAGCCUCACACCGCUCUCCUGGUCCUGCUCCGUGGGGAAUUAGCAGAGUUUGACGUGCUUUUCAAACCCACCCUGGCCCAACGUGUGGAAGGCAGGAUCCACCUGUCAGUGGUGAACAACCCGUAUGAGGAGACCGACAUUCAGCUGGUGGGCGAAGGCUACGAGGAUGACUUCACGCUAGAUAACAUCCACGGACUGGUGGCAGACAGUGAGGAGGAGGAGAAUGCUGAGGGCAAUCUAGAGGAAGACGUAAUUGAGGCUGCCAGAGUGAAUCACAUCCCGUUUGGGGACUGUCACAUUGGGAAACCCUACAGCGUGACCUUCACCAUCACCAACCGCAGCAGGACGGAGGCGAUGCGGUUUGAGUGGCUGGCAGACACCCCAUUUCACUUCUCCCCCAAGGUGGGACACCUCCAUGCUGGCUGUGCUAAGGCCAUCACAGUGACCUUGAAAUCGGAUGUCGCGGUCACCUUCAAAAUGCACCCUGUGAAGUGCAAGGUGGCUAGGAUCACCUUCGCGCUGCCGCCGGAGCAGAUUAAAGACUGGGAUGACUGCCUGCGCACCAUCAAGUGGGUGGAUACCACCAUGAGGGGCCCAGGAGCCACGUGGCCUGUGAAGAAGAAGGUGAUCGAGACAGACCCAGAACCAGCUCACACUGUCCUGGAGGAGAGCAGCCGUGAGGUGGAGCUUUGCCUCAGUGCUGUUGUCGACUACGCUGAGCUCAAGCUGGAUACGGACACGAUUCAAAAGUUCAAGGAGACCUUGCUCUUCCAGAUGAGGACAUUCACUUCCAUGCUGUCCAACACGGGCAAUGUGGCCCUGGAAUACAACCGGAUGGCGGCUGUGGAGGACGAAAGGGCACUGAGCCACACUGGGGAGCUGCUUCCACCCAGUCUGGAUGGUAAGGUGCUGCAAACAGACCUUACAGAGGGGUUCGAUUACGGCAUCAGCCAGAGCUGUCUCUGUGUCCCCUGGGGCUGGGAUUAUUUCCACGAGCUCAUCUGCAUCACAGAAAGGGAGAAGUUUGUUGUGCCAAUCCGAGCUAUAGGUGCCCGAGCUAUCCUGGACUUCCCCGACCAGGUGAACUUCUCAGCCUGUCCAGUCAAGUACAGCACCCAGAAAACGCUGCUGGUUCGCAAUGUUGGUAACCGGGCGGCCCGCUACGCAUCAGCACGCAGAGAUCUAGUCGUCACCACCAAAACAGAUACCCAGUCGUGUCUGGCAUCUCUUGGCAAUGUCCUUGCCAACUCUUCUAUUGAGUGA